GUGAAUAGUGCAAAAAGUCUAAUGUUGCAAUUAAAAGAGAACGGAGGUAGUAUAUGCCAUCUUCUCAAAAUGAACCAAGUAACAUGGCAACUUACUAAAGGUAAAAAAAAUUAAAAAGAAAAAGAAAAAAUUGUUUCUCGCAGAUUGGAAUGGCCUGGCAUCUAAAAUGGGAAUUGGAGGAUGGUGGUUGAGGCCCAAUUUUCUUCUUAUCCACUACUCCCUGUUCGUAUGCGCUAACUUCUUGCAAUCUUCUUCUUGCUCGGAGUAGCGCCACAGACCGACAAAAAGGAUGGGGCCAAUGUGGAUAUUAGUAGGCGGCUCUGACGGUUAUGGCCAUCUUCUUCAUUUUCUCUCCAAAAAGUAGAAACCCACGGACGUCAGGGAAGAAGAAAGAAAACGGGAUUGAAAAAUUUGCCGCACUGUUCAUCUUCCUCAAUUCCUGGUCGCAACUCCAAUCACUAGCAUUGUUCAUCAUCUUCCCGUUCCAUCUUCAUCUUCGUUGGCGAUUUCCCUACUGGCCAGAAACCCUUAAAGGAGGGCAUCUUCGGACGACGGGAAGGGGAUACAGUUGGCGUUCCUACUGGCGACACAGUGAGAAUCAAAAGAAGAAGACAAACUAUGAAAAAGGAAGAAAAGAAAACGAUGGGAAAAACAAAUACAACAAUACUCUUUGUACACACUAUGUGUACACACCUUGUACACUCUAUAAAAGGGCUGAAUUUUUACCUUUUUGUUUUACCCUUUCUCUUCCCCUGUUCUCUUUGACUCUUCCCGCUACUUCUCUCCUCUCCUCUAAACCCUUGCCCCUUCCGUAUAAUCUCAGUCUCCCUCUUUCCCUUACCGUCAUUCCUUCUUUUCUUUUCACUUUCUUCUGUCUGUUAGGUUGCUUUAUCAUCAUCGCCGGUUAGGUUUCUUUAUCAUAAUCGCUGGUUAAGUUGCUUUGUUCUGGAAAUUUGCAAUUACUAUAACUGCUUUUCUGCCAGCCAAACCUUGUUGCUGCUCGGCUGAGUAUCACCAGAGAAAUUUCAUGAACAUAGAAAGUUCUCAUUGAAUUAUUAUGAUGGAGGCUGUGAAUGAAGGGAAGGAUUUCCACAUCUCUGUCACCAUGCUUCCAUUGAGGUCAAAACGGUGGGGGAGGCACAUAUCUUGCUUCACAAUCAUUGUGUCUGAACCUACUCAGGGUGAAAGGUGCCAUACAAAGAGUUCCCGGGGUCAAAUGCAAGGGUCCUCGCAGCCAUCAUUGCCGGUGCGGCCCUAAUGGGGGGGCUCUCAUUGAUGUGUGGCAUUGCAUCUGGUCAGCUUGGGAGGAGUCAUAUGAAAUACAAUAGAUCCAGCAAGGAUGUGACCAAAGUUCCCCCAGAGGAAACCCACUGAAGUAUCACGUUUGCCCAUAUAACCUGAUGAGUUCUUUUUGUAUAUUAGAUUGGAGCAGCACAAAUGAGAAUAAGGAGUUUCUAAGUAUGAUAAUAGAAAAUAUUUUAUAUCUCCUAUAGCUUUCUUUGUUCUUUAAUCUUUAUUUCAACGUGCUCUAUUUUUGUUCUUAAUUUUGAUUUAUGAUAUUAGAAUUAUUCAUUUAGCUAUGUGUGUACAUACAAGUUAGUUUUGUCAAGACUCAAGUGUAACAAUAAGACUACAAAUUUUGUUUGUGUAUAAUCUUUUGUAAGAUAAAUUGUAUAUGACACAAAUAAAAAAAAU